GGGCGGCGCGGCCGCAGUCAGCCCGGCGGGGAGCGGAGCGGAGCGGAGCGGGGGCCGAUGGCGUUCAGCGCCUGGCUCUCGCCGGUGCAAUGGGCCCGGUGGACCUGGUCGGCGGUGCGGGGCGGGGGCAGCCCCGAGGGGGAAGACGGUGGGACCGGGGAGGAUCCGGCGGCGGAGGGCACGGCUCUGAGCUUCAGCUCGGACUCGGAAGGUAACUUUGACACCCCCGAAGCACAAACGCCGACCUGCUCGCCAGUAAAGGAGUUCUGCCAGCCGCUGCCAGGACUGCCAGGGCCUCAGCUGGGCAUCAAAGAACCCAGUGGCCAUGGGGACCUGCUGGUAGGGGAUGCCCAGCAGGAAAGCUCACCUGGGGAGCACCCCAAAGAUGGAUCUCAACUGGAGAUCGGAGCCCCUGAAGCCAGCUCGGAUUCCAAAGGGGACACCGACCCUGAAGGCUGGUCCUUGACACAGCCACAGGCUGGAAGCCAGGCUCCAGCUGUGCUGGGCAGCGGGGCUGGUGCUGGCUGUGCCGCCCUGCCCGCUGCAGAGCCAGCCCUGGUGCCCCAUGCAGGCACAGCCGCCCCGGAGCAGGUCAUGCCAGGAGAGGAAGCGGCGGACUUCGGGACGGGGCUGGCGCAGCCGAAGGCUGAUGCCCUGGCACGGGAAGCUUUGCCCAGCCAGGGCCAGCUCGGGAAAGGAAAAAACUCUUCGCUGGAGAGGAAAACAGAAGAAAGCACAGAGGAGGAGCCCCCGGUGCCCCAAGCGUCCCAACAGAUCGACCCUGAGAGCGCGAACCCCUCUGUGUCAGGGGGCUGCCGGCUGCAGAGCUCCCCCCCGGCAUCCCCACGCCGCCUCCCCCACCCCGGGGGCAGCUCCGGUGAGCUGGGGGCGGACCCGGAGCCCAAGGAACAGGUCCCCAAAGCCGAGCUCGACUGUUCGGAGAGCUGCGAGAGCGCCGAGCCCAGGAGAGCGACGCCCAGGAAGGGCAGCAGGAUCCCGGCCAGCAAACUGACGCCCAAGAGACACCGAGAGUCCCCCAAGAAAUCAACCGAGGACACAGAGAGGGGUCCCACGGAGCCACCCCCUCCCCGGGGCUCCCCCCGGCUGGGUGCUGCGCUCCGGGACAGCCCAGGUCCCGGCCCCUACGGGGGCAGCUCGGCGCUGCCAGAGUCGCCGACGCUCCCCAGGGGUUCCUACCAGUUCGACCCCAAUAACUUUGACUCCGUGGAUCCCUUUAAGCCCACCAAGACCCUGGCCAGUGCUGACUCCUGCCCCGCGGCUGAUAACAACCUGAACGAGAUCCUGGAGUCUCAGACACUGGAGGUGCAGGAGGAGCUGGGGGAGGGCAAAGGCUCCCCGAAGAAGCCCAAGUCACGGCUGAUAACGACCACUGAGCAAGUGAAAUUUCUCUGUUUUCUGUUGAGUGGCUGCAAGGUGAAGCCCUACGAGACGCAGUCGCUGGUCCUGGAUGUUUGUGCUCAGGAUGAAGGAGCACUGAUCUCAGAGAUCCCAGAUGUUGCCAGUCGGGAUGGACAUGCCACUGAUGAGGAGAAGUUGGCCUCCACCACCUCCAUGCAGAAACCAGCUGGGCUGGAGAAGAAGGGUGAGGCAGAGGAGGAGCUGGAGUACUUCGAGUGCUCAAAUGUUCCUGUGCCAGCAGUGAAGAACAGCUCAGAGGCAGGCUUUGAGAAGGAGAUCUCCAAGCAGAUGCUGGAAAAGGAUGGGCCUGGCAUCUACCCUGGCAACCCAGGGCUGUGCUCCGUGGACAAAUCCCCAGUGGCCAUCACCAGCAGGAGUGAGAGUCCCCUGGACAGCAUCUGCCUCAGCGAGGCCGAGAAGACAGCGGUGCUGACACUCAUCAGAGAGGAGAUCAUCACCAAGGAGAUCGAAGCCAACGAGUGGAAGAAGAAGUACGAAGAGAGCCGCCAGGAAGUGCUGGAGAUGAGGAAAAUCGUGGCUGAGUACGAGAAGACAAUAGCCCAGAUGAUAGAGGAUGAGCACAGGACGAAUAUGACAUCCCAGAAGAACCUGCAGCAGCUCACGAUGGAGAAGGACCAGGCUCUGGCAGACCUCAACUCGGUGGAGAGGUCCCUGUCAGAUCUCUUCAGGAGAUAUGAAAACCUGAAGGGUGUCCUCGAAGGCUUCAAGAAGAACGAAGAAGCUCUGAAGAAGUGUGCUCAAGAUUAUCUGACCCGGGUCAAGCAAGAGGAGCAGCGGUACCAGGCCCUCAAAGUCCAUGCAGAAGAAAAACUAGACAAAGCCAACGAGGAGAUCGCUCAGGUGCGCACCAAGGCCAAGGCGGAGAGCGCGGCGCUGCACGCGGGGCUGCGCAAGGAGCAGAUGAAGGUCGAGUCCCUGGAGAGAGCCCUCCAGCAGAAGAACCAGGAGAUCGAGGAGCUGACCAAGAUCUGCGACGAGCUGAUCGCCAAGCUGGGGAAGGCAGACUGAGCCUGGCCGCCCCUCGCCCAGCACUCUGCACUUGGCUGCUUUCCUCCUCACGUCGAGCACUUUGCCUUAUCCCCCUGGACCCCCCUGGCAGAGCAGCACCCACCUCCAGCUGCCAGCUCUGCCUGGCUGCUGGACCCCAUGGUCCCUGUGCCACGUUGCCCCCAUCCCUGUCCCCCACGGACCCCAGGGCUGGGCUGCCUGUGGCCAGGCUGGGUCUGUGUGCCCCCCCUGGGGUCUGCAUGAGUGCCACCUCUCAGCUGUGGCUCCUGCAGGAUCCUUGAGGCUGCCUUUGGGAGGCUUUGGGGGGGAGAUAUCACCUGUGUGAACCUAGUGCCAAUACCCUGUGUGCCCUUCUGGCAAGGCUGUGGCAUGUGGCAGCCUUGCCCGGUGAGCGGCGCCGCGGGCGCAGUGCUUGGCAUCCAGGAGCAGCAGCUGGUGCCAUGGGGGUGCCCUGAAUUUGGUGUGGUUCAGAGUGUGGUGAGGGGCAUGGAACGGGUGUGCCAUGGGCACUGCCCCUUGGGGUUGGUGCAGAAGCAUCCCACCCUGCAGCAGGCAAGUGGCUGGGACUGGGCAGUAGCUGCACCGGUGGAGGAUUCUCUGCUGCCACCUGCAAGGGGUGGCUGUGAGGUGCCAGGGAAGGGCAUUUGCUGCCAGCUGGGCUGUUUCCCACCCAGCCCACCCAAGACUUUCACAAACCUUUUUGCUGCUACCUUUUUUGUAAGAGAAUGGAGCUGUUCCCCUCCUUCUAUUUUCGACCUCCCCCCCCCCCGAGCUGAGCUUGCAGUGCCAACUUCUGUUGAACUCAGAGCCAGUCCCCUGAGAGAUAUUUUAUUAGCUACAGGAUGUACAGAGAGAGUUUAUGAUGUGCUUAAGCAGGCAGAGAUGCUGGCAGCCUGCUCCUGGCACACAGAGCCCAGGCCUCUCUGCUGUGCUCCCACUCAGCCCUCUGGGUGUUCUGGGGGGGCAGCUGAUGGCUGGCACCACUGUGGCUGUGUGCAGAGCAAUCCCCUCACAGGAAGGAAAAAACCUUCCUCCCCCACACACACUUUUUGUUCUCUUUCCUUUGUCCUCCCCACACCUCCCUCCUGGGGCUGGUAGAGGAGUCCCUGGCAGGUGAUCCGCAGAGGCUGUCUGGGGAGUCAGAAGUCCAGCCCCAGCCCAGCAGAGCUGAGUCCCCUCCCCCCACCUCACCCCACCUCACCAGCCUUUGGGGUUUUGCAGACCCCAGCACCACUCUGCUCUUCUCCAGUGUUCUCCUGCUCCAGCACAGCAUUCCUGCCUGGAUGGGAGUGACCUUCCCUGGCUCCAGCCGCUGGGGUGCAGCAGGGUGGUGGGAGCAGGCAGUGACCCCGAGCAGGUGCUGCUCCUUCUGAGGCUCUGUCUGGGUAAAUCACAGCCCUCAAGACGCAGAGAUUUGGUAGGGAGUUGGAUUUGUCUCUUUGCAGCCCUCUGGAAAUUGAAGGGAGCAGAUCAGCAGCGCUGCACAGAGCUCCUGGAGCUCAGGAGGACUUCAUCUGGGGCUGCAUUCGGCUUUGCUGUCAUGCCCAGAGCAGCAGCUGAGGGCCCAGCAUGAGGGCUGGUGGAGCUGAAGCACUGAAGGCAGGUCCUGGGUGGGGACCACAGGUCCUGGGGGGGGAGCACAAGUCUUGUGUGAGGAGCACAGAUCCUGGGUGGGGAGCACAGGUCCUGGAGGGAGAGCACAGGUCUUGCUGAGGAGCACAGGUCCUGGGCAGGGAGCACAGAUCCUCGGGGGGGGGGGAGCACAAGUCUUGUGUGAGGAGCACAGGUCCUGGAGGGGGAGCACAGGUCUUGGGUGAAGAGCACAGGUCCUGGGGGGGGGAAGCACAAGUCUUGGGUGAAGAGCACAGGUCCUGGAUGGGGAGCACAGGUCCUGGAUGGGGAGCACAGGUCCUGGAUGGAAAGCACAGGUCCUGGAUGGGGAGCACAGGUCCUGGGUGGUAAGCACAGGUCCUGGGUGGGGGAGAACAGGUCCUUGGAGGGGAACACAGGUCACAGCAGCCUCUCAGCCUCUACCUGAAGUUUGCCCCUCUGAAGAGCAGAGCACCAAGCUCUGGGCUCGCCGGCAGCCUGCCCUGCCUGAGGCUGGUCUCCCUUCAGGGCUGCUCUGGCCCCACAAGUGCCAGUGAAUGGCAGAAUUCGGCUCUCAGCCCUUGGCAGCUCCCCAGGCCCCUCAGCAGUCUUCCCUUCAGCCAAGAGCAGCUGCUGGGGCAGGCAGGCUGCGUGCAGGGAGCAGCUCCGUGCCAAUAACCCACCCUGGCAGCCUCCUCCCCAGUGCCACUGUGGCUGCCUCUCGCCCCAGCCCUGCUGUGUUCCUGGGCCUGACCCUGCUCCUCCAGCCUGGGCAGAGGAACGAUUCCUUACCUGCAGUGUGGUUGCAGUGACAAAGCAGAGCUAGAAACAGCUCCCUGCUGGCCCUGCCUCUGUCUGCUGGGGGCUGUGUCCGUGGCUGCCCCCAGGCAGGGCUCCUGCACCUCUGGCUGCUCUCCGGAGCCGGCUGGCACUGCUCACGGCUGGCACGGGGCUGGCAGCAUGGGCAGGGCGCAGUGAGUCCCCCUUGUGAAGGCACCAAGGCUCCAGCCAGGACGCGCAGCCAGCAGAGGGAGGCUCCGUGGGUGCCCACGCGUGGCUGUGCCCUCCUCUGGCGGCGCAGCUCCCGCAGCCCUCUGCAGCAGCGGUGGGAGCCUGCCCGCAGCGCUGCUGCUCCCAAGCGCGCACCCCGCAGCAGAUGCCCAUCCGCGACCGAGUGCCAACGAGAGACCACUCCGAGUGCAGAUUGCUUCCACCCAUUCCCCUCCCCCCACCCCCCGGCCUGCUGCCUCUAACCCCCGGGCAGGAAUCUUCCCUGCAGUGAUCGCUUUGUGCCAUGUAGCUGCCACCCCCCAGCGGUUUUCUAUGCCCAGGAGUUGCCCUUUUCUAUGUCAGGUAAAUAUUUGUAAGAGUUCUACUCACACAGAGGAGAUUAUUAUGAUGAUUACUAAUAUAUUUUUUUCCCUCCCUCCCCAUGGUUCAUUGCCUGAAUAAAAAACUGUGUUUAGCA